AUGACCACGGGGCUACACCGAGGCGGAGGGAUACGUUUCGUGAAGCUUCUACCGCCCUCGCAUCGAGCCAUGGAACGCCGCAAACUCUGGGUGUUUGCCGUCACUUUUAUUAGUUACGGCCUCUACCACGCUUGCCGAAAAACGCUGGCCGGCGUCAAGUCGUCGGUGAAAAACGACUGGCUCUUCAAUGGCUCUCAUCCGCCCCUGUUCGAGACGGAGGUCGAGGCGAAGGCUUUUCUCGGGACGCUAGAUGCCAUCUUCAUGGGCGCCUAUGCUGCGGCGCUGUUCUUCUGGGGCUGGCUCGGCGACCGGCUCAACCCGAAGAAGGUCGUCGCCGCUGGCAUGAUCUUCAGUUCCAUUGCUUUGAUCCUGUUCGGCGCGGUGCCAAAGAUGCUGAACUGGUACUCGGUGCCGUGGUACGUGAUCACCUACAUCGCCUUCGGUCUGCUGCAGGCGUGCGGCUGGCCCAGCGAGAUUGCCAUCAUGGCAAACUGGUGGGGCGGUGCGAACCGCGGUCUCGUGAUGGGCAUCUGGGCGGCUUGCCAACCCGUCGGGAACAUUGUGGGAAGCAUCGCCACGGCCGCCGUCCUGCCCAUCGGCUAUGAGUACACGUUCAUCUUCAACUCGCUGCUGACGAUCAUCUUCGGCUUUGUCGUGCUGUGGGGCAUCGACAGCAAGCCGACCUGUUCAGCUACGCCCGGAUCGGAUGUCGAGGGAAGGAGCGUCUCCAGGACGUCCAGCAUCUCCGAGGAGGGCGAGCCGAUCGGGCUGAUUCAGGCCGUUUUCCUGCCCGGCGUCUUUGCCUACUGCCUGUGCAACGCGUGCCUGAAGCUCGUCAACUACGCCUUCUUCUUCUGGCUGCCGCUCUACCUCACCGAGGCCUAUCAAUGGGACGAAUCGAAGGCGGACAAGCUGUCAAUCUGGUACGACGUCGGUGGCAUCGUUGGCAGCGUGGUCGGCGGCUACGUCUCGGACAAGAUGGGCUGCCGUGCGCCGACCAUCUCUGCCAUGUUGAUCGCCUCCCUCGGUGCCCUCUGGAUGUAUGCACAGAUUGGCCCCCACUGGUUCUGGAACGGACUGGUGAUGACGCUGGUGGGGAUCACCGUCUCCGGGCCGUACAACCUCAUCGUCGGCUCGAUCUCUAUCGACCUGGGCAGCCAGCCGGCGCUUGCUGGCAAUUCUCAGGCAAUGUCGACCGUCUCGGGCCUGCUGGACGGCACGGGCUCCGCCGGUUCAGCCGUCGGCCAGUUGAUCAUCCCCGUCGUGCAGGACACGGUCGGCUGGCAGGCCGUCUUCUACCUGUUCAUCGCCCUCAACGCCGUCUCGGUGCUGUGCAUCGCCAAGCGGACGGUGCUGGACGUGAAGCGACUGCUGCGAGACCGCCGGCCCGAAGGCGCCCCGCUCCUCCUCGGCGAGGACAGCCACGAGGAU